ACUUGGCACGCACGUUGAAUUGUACAUAAACAGAGCUAAAAGACUCACAACACCAUUCGUCCGGCAAAGCUUAUAAACUAACCAUCAACCAUGAAUUCGAAUUGUCAACAAUCAAAAGAGAAAACAGAUUUAAAAGCAGUUUCUACGUUUCUCUAUCGAGGAGUUAUUGCCAGUCUUUUAGUGUUGUUGUUUCUGACGGUAUGUGUUCUAGUUGUGAAAACGAUCCGACUUGAGGAAGAUGUUAACAAUCACAAGGACACGUUGAUGAAUAUUCUCAAACGAAUUGAUGAGUUAGAAAACGGAGACGAUCAAAUCAGCUUAAAGGAAAAGACGUUGUUUGGUCGCAAACUAUUGGCUAUUGAUGGAACCCAGCAGUGUACCUGUCCUCCAGGUCCAAAAGGAAAUCAAGGAGAACGAGGCGAACGAGGACGAAGUGGGAGGACUGGUAAAGCAGGUGAUACCGGUAGGCCAGGACCUCCAGGGGUCAAUGGAACUAAGGGUGAGCGUGGCCCAAAGGGGGAUAAAGGAGAAGUAGGCGAGAGAGGUUAUCAAGGUUUGGACGGCAAGUCUACUCGGGGACCUAAGGGUGAGGUUGGAAGUAAAGGUCAAAAGGGAAUGAAAGGUCAAAAUGGCACGCAAGGAUCCAUAGGAGACCCCGGUCCGAUGGGUCCCAAUGGGCCACCAGGUCCUAAAGGAAAGGUUGGACAAAAAGGCACUACUGGCCCCCCUGGAGCGACGGGGAAUUAUACUUUACUUGAUGAAAAUGGAGAAGUGAUUUCAACGGGUACCUUGCGAGCCAUUCAUUUGCGUGGAAAUGGAGGAGGCAACCGGAUGACUGGCACUGCAAGUCUAGGUGCAUUCGGUGAGAUGAAGAAGUGGGAGGUUGCUACGAAGACAGAUGGUUUCAACCUAAGCACAGAUGGCAAUGUGACUGUCUCCCAAAAAGGUCAAUACUACAUAUACAGUAAGAUAUUAUUCUACGACAACAAAGCAUUCUUCACAGCUGAAACCAGGAUCAAUGGAAAGUCUUACUUGAAGUGCAGCGGACAACGAGCUGUCGCAGCGCAGAAGUUUGGCUCCUGUACAUCAUAUGGUAUUGCCCAACUUGAGUCUGGGGACAAAGUUGGGGUCAAGUCAGUGCUUCCAUACAGUUUUGUGGACAUCAGAAAUGAUGCAAGCUAUUUUGGCCUGAUAAAACUCAAUUAGGCCUAAGCAGUGUAAUACUUGCACUGUACAUCUAUUACCUCACAGACCUGAUACAACAAUAAAUUGUCAGGCUGUUUAGUAGUACAAUGUUGUCCGAGUUGGUAAAUGACCAGCAUGUGUUGUAAACCAUGACAAAAUGACAACUGAAUUACACAUUUAAGAUUCAGUCACAUAUUCUAUAUUUCAUAAAUUUCUAUUCAUAUCAAAAAUUUUUGCUUGCAUUAUUCUUUCAUGUUUAUAUUUUUUAGAGUACUUAAUUAUACAGUAUACUUUCCAUAUUUUUUAGUGUUUUUGUAUAUAA